UCUUGGGUCUAGUGAUAAGUGAUAGGCGCUUGUCCGCGGUAGGCGCUCUCCGGUCUUUGCUGCUUCGAGCUGUUUCCACUUCACUGCAACGAGAAAUUCAUCUUAUCGUGAUUUUCCCUGUGAUGAAGCAUUCAAGGAGUGCGUGGUAAAGUAGUUAUUCUAUGAUGACUUCAUUUUCACAACCAUCUUCCGAGGAAACAUUAUCAAUACUGGACCUGAACAAUGACUGCUUAUUUCAGAUAUUCUUCUAUCUUCCGCUAAUGGAACGCUUAAAAUUUGCCUAUGCCUGUGAUAAUUUCGAUGACAUCGUUAUAACAUUCCUAAAAUUUAAUACAUUCUCCGUAUCUGAAUGCCGUGAAUACUUUUCAGUCGAAGAAGCACAUCAGAUUCUGUCAAGGUUUGGUCCAUAUGUGAGGCUACUAAAUCUAGAUGAAACCAUCGAUUAUUCCAACGAGGAAAUCUACAAACAGAUUGCAGACUAUUGCUACGACAUUGAUGCAAUUGAGCUGCACUAUCCUCUACGCUCAGAGUUCGAGUCGUAUAUAUCGUCCGUUUAUCGGAUCCUCUCGAACGCCAAGGACAUUCAAACCGUCCGAAUAGAAAGGAAAAUCUUCACUGAUGAUUGGCCUAAUCCCUGGUAUUAUCGGGUGUUGGAGGAAAAGCUGUGUGAUAUGAUUAGCAACUUAGCCGACUUGAAAAACCUGCAUUUGACCCAUUUCUACAAGGCAUCUGGAAAGUACUUGAAUAAGCUGACAAACCUUAAGGACCUAAAUAUCGAGUACUGCAUAAACUUCAAAUCCGAACACUUCAUAACUCUUUGCCAAUCCACGAAGUUGAAGAAUUUGAACAUUGACAAUUGUACAUUCCUCAAUGAUGAGACGCUGGAAGCUCUUGUCGAAACCCAAACUGAACUGGAACGUUUGACUCUGAACACGGAGUUCGACGCUCGUAAUUUCAAAAUAAUUGGUCGCCUGAAAAGCCUGAAGGAGCUUGUGGUCUAUGACUACUACGGUGGUCGUUUUCUAGAUGAAUUAUUAGAUGAAAUCGUUGAACAUCACAAAGAGGAUUUCCGCGUACUUAAGAUCUUUGCCAAUGCACCGAAUACAGUGAAAAACCAUAGAGUUUUCCGGCAGAAGCUGUUAUCCCUGCAGAAGCUAAAAGUAUUAUGCCUGCCAUAUGAAUGCCUAACUGAUAGCUAUUUACUGGAUAUCGGCAUGAAAUUGUUGAAAUUGGAAAUAUUGAGAUUUAACAUCGAAGAAGAUCAUCGACGUGGCAAAAACAAUCGAGUUGAACGCAUCGAAAUCUCAAGGGCUUCAAGGAAGCUAUUGCCCGCAAUAUGUGGAUUUGUCUUUCGUGCGGAACUACUACGUCCUAUUGUAGAGGCUAGGCGGAAUUCGAAUUCGAGGCUACUUAUUAUAUAUCUUGACAUCGAUAACAUAUCGGAUAAUCUUUAUGAGCUCGAAAGCGAGAAGAAAAAUGAUAUCAAUGUGACACAUUCGCCAUUGAUGUGGGGUUGCACCGAUCAUAGGGAAAUUGUGCGAGAGACGUCACAUAUGGAUUCACCAAAUCAGUCAGAUUCGGCAAUGGAGAAAUCAGUUAUGGACCUCAAUAGCGAUUGUCUCAUAUAUAUAUGUUCCUUCCUCACUCCAAUAGAACGAUUUCGGCUUGCACUAGUGAGUGACGUGUUUAAUGUCGCCAUCGAACAUUUUACCCAUCUGUAUGAGCUCCAAAUGGAGGAACUGGUAGCGAAUUUCUCCAUGACUGAACUAGAGGAAAUCCUUAGAAAUUUUGGUGAACACAUAAAGAUCGUGAAUCCAUGGUCGGACCCGCCAGAUGAGAAUAUCUGCAGCGAAUAUUUCCACUUACUGUUCAAGUAUUGCCAUAAUAUCGAAGAAAUUGGAAUAUGCUAUCCUUGGAAUCCGGACUUUGAAACGUACAAGCGUAUAUUUGAGUCAUCCGCUAAGCGGAUUCGCAAAGUAUCUAUUUCACAGAAGAUCUCUGCCCAAUUGGACGAUAGCAUUGAUGAGCUGCUUUGCAAUACAUCGAACCUCACGUCCUUAGAGCUUUUAGAUAGUGAUAUAGCCGGGAAGCACCUAGUGAAUUUGGUCAACGUAACUGAUCUCAGUUUAGAAUGCUGCGAGUCACUGGAGCCAGAACACUUCGUUGAGUUCUGUAAAGUUGUUAAGCUCAAAACCCUCAACAUAGCAGGAUGCCGCCUGUUAAACGAUGAAGCCUUCAAAACGCUGUGUGAAACCCAAACAGAAUUAGAGGAUCUAGUCAUCAGUAAUAAUUACGAAAGUACAAAUUAUGAAAUAGUCGGACGACUAGGAAGUCUGCGCAAGUUUGAAAUUUGCGAAUGCAGCAAGCAAUUGCCAAAACUUUUGAAAAUACUCGAUGAACUCGCUAAGUACCACGGGAAUGACCUCGAAACCCUUCAAAUAGGCAGUAACUUCUGCUACGAGAAGGAAGCGACCGCGGGUAUUCUGAGUAGAAUAUCGAAGUUCCGGAACCUGCGUCAAAUGACGAUACCCAACUUGAAUUUCAUGAACAACGAAGAGAGUCUCAAGGAAGUUAUCCAGCACUGCCCGAAGUUAGAAGACUUAAGGAUUAUUGUUUUCUCCAACUAUCAGUGGCUGACCAGCGAGGCUUUGUUGCAAAUAAUUACUCUGAAAUGUCUGAACAGGCUUCAAAUCGGACCAAUUUUCCCUCUUGACACAAACUUAUUGCCAACUAUUUGUAAGAUCCUGAAUGCAAAAAAUGGUGCAGAAUUGAAUCUUUAUUUGGAUGAGGGCAGCGUUGAUGAUGAACUGCUCAAUUCAUUAGAUAGUUCCGAAUACAAACAAAACGAAAGGUUGCUGAAGAUACACAUCGAAUCUGUUGACGAUUAAGAUAUGCUAGAGAACGAAACCUAUUCCUGUGCAAUGUGAUUGAGUUUGUGUUUGCGUUUGCUUCUGAUAAACCCAGCACCAAUGUGAUAUCGAUUUUUCGUUGACAUAUUACUGCCUUGCAAAUUUUGUGCAAUAUGAAAAUAUACAUCUUUAUACCUAAAAUAUAUUCGCAUAAAAAAAU